GAGACCCAAUCAAUGGGUGUGGUUACACGACACCUGUGAAUACCUAUAAAUUGUUUCCGGUUCAGUAAAUGAGCAGUGCAAUAUGUGAUUUGACAAAAGCAAUUAAUAUCUUGUUUCUUGAGUUUCAUCCAGCCAUGGCUUCGUCAAAGCCAUUCAUUGGUUGUAAAAUAGGAUUGCUUUCAAAAGCUCAAAAUCGAUAUGAGGGAAUUUUGUAUACUAUCGACAAAGUUAACUCCACAGCUGUGCUGGCAAACGUGAAGUGUUUUGGGACGGAAGGGAGACCCACUGACAGACCCACGCCACCCAAAGAGGAUGUCUAUGAAUACAUAACUUUCCGUGGAAGUGACAUUAAGGACAUUACACUGUGUGAAGCCCCAAGAUCUUAUGGCCUACCCCAAGAUCCUGCGAUAAUACAAUCAUCCAGUUCAGGCUCUGCUGGCAUCUAUCAAAGUCUUGGACCCUUUAGCCCUUUGAGCAUUCCAUUCUAUAAUCAGCUUGCUGCCAACUCCUUUCUCAACCAGCAGUGUGCUGCAGCUCUUGGUCUUGGGCCUAUGCCUCCAGAUCUGCAUGUCAGACGAGGACCCAUGAUUGAAAAGGCUGUUCAGACUCUCCGGGUGGAAAGAUCUAGACAGAGGAGAGGGUUAACGGAGUCUCAGGAGCAGCAGUGGAACAGGAGGAAGCCCCAGAGGACCAACAGGGAGACUUCCCAAACUCAAAGAGACAAUGGAGCCACCACCCAUUCAGGUCCAGGUGUGACCAGUUCUCAGCAGAAACACCAGCAGCAGAAGAUUGAAAACAGGGCACCAGCCAGAAGGUCAGUAACACGAAGGCGUAGGAGCCAUGGCAGAGGCCAGCUGAUCGUGGCCAACGUUCCAUCGCCCCUCCUCAAGUUUGACUCAGACUUCGACUUUGAUUUAUCCAAUGCACAGUUUAUCAAGGAGGAGCUUGAGAGGGAGGUGCAGGAGAAAAUGAACAUUAAAGAUGAUAAUCGUGAGAUGGAGAAAGAAGAAACUCCACACUUGACUGCAGUUGAUGACCUUGGCUCUAAGUGCUACUACAACAAAUCAAAGUCUUUUUUUGACAACAUCUCGUCUGAUAACCGGCUCAGGUUAACGUGGGCAGAGGAGCGAAAGCGCAAUCUGGAGACUUUUGGGGUCACUGGUCGGUUCUUCAGGGGCCAAGGAUUCAGAGGUAGAAACACUGGACGAAGAGGACGAGGAGGAGCUCAGAUCUAGCACUAAAUCUAGACUGGACAGCUGUAAAGACUGGAGUUUAUAUGAUAAAGGCAAACACUCAAGAAUUAUUGGAUUUAUUUAUAUCACAAAUGAACUUUUUCCCCAUAUACUUUUUUCUCAAUGCCAACAGUUUUCACUGUAAUUUGCUUUAAUUAUGGGCAGUAACUUUGAGUUUUUGUUCCCCAAAGCGGGAUAUUGUUUAGGCCUAAACUUUUCAUUUAAUUCUGCUCAUGCAUGUUCAUUUGUGAAAUGUCUAUUUAAAGAUUUUGCUCUCGUAAAUAAAUCUUGAUAUGUGCAUUUAUUUAGAUGUAAUUUCAAUAUAAAAUAAGGUGGAACUUA